UGCUUCCAGAGAGGCUUCCUCUGGACCUGAGGCAGUGCAGGACCAGUAUAAAAGCCAUCCCAGCUCUGCACUCUCUGACCCACUUCAUUGUCCUUCUUCUCCUUUGGAAGCAAGUGCACCUGCAGCCCCAGGAACAUGUCCUGCUGCCAGCCCUGCAACCCUUGCUGCCAGCCCUGCGGCCCCACCCCGCUGGCCAACAGCUGCAAUGAGUGCUGUGUCAGGCAGUGCCAGAGCUCCACUGUCGUCAUCGAACCCUCCCCCGUGGUGGUGACUCUGCCCGGGCCCAUCCUCAGCUCCUUCCCACAGAACACCGCCGUGGGAUCCUCCACCUCCGCUGCCGUUGGCAGCAUCCUCAGCUGUGACGGAGUGCCCAUCAACUCCGGGGGCUUUGACCUCUCCUGCAUCACCAACCGCUACUGCGGCAGAAUCUGCUGAAGCUGCUGCUGACACCCCACGGAAGGACCCCCAGGAACCCAGAAGACGGAAAUGGACUGAGCACGGAGACCUUGGCCAUGGCUUUCAGAGGGACUGAGCAGCCGUCGCUCCCCCUGCCCUGCACGAGGGCUGCCUGGGCUCUCUGAAAACACGGGCCUUGUUGGAGUUCCCUGUUUCUGCCCCACUUCUUUCCCUCUCCCUUCUCUGGUGUCUUCUGCUCUCCUGGGCUGUCAUCAUGCUCUAAGCCCCAUCCAAGGUCUCAA